AUGGCCAAUGAUGCGAAAUGGUCCGGGGUGCGAUGGUAUGGCUGGUCGCGCAUUAUGCACGUGGAGUUAUGCCCGCUACGGUGCGGAGUGUGGGAGUGGUGUAAGGCGAAGCUCUGGAUAUUUGCUGGGUACUUCUGGUCGGUCCAGAUGUACCACUUGGUUCCUGGUUGCAAUUGGUGUCCAACCAUGCGGCGGUGGCUGCAGACGACCUUGGACAAAGGGAUGGAGCGCGGGGCAACUGUGCUCCCAUCCACAGAGAUUUGGCGUGGCCUCUCAUGGUCUGAAAUCAAGGCUCAACAUGAGAAGGAGUUCAAUCCGGCCGGCAAGACUGCUCGAAAGCGUGACGCCCCCACUUCCACAGAGCCGAGUUCGAGUGGCCAGGAAUUGCAGAGCGAUAUCACCGUUGCAGACAUCACUGGCAUGGGACGCAGGCAGCCACGUGGUGUCUCCGCCUAUGAGUUCUAUGUGAAGAGUGACGGCAUCGCCGCAAUGCCUAUGUCCGUGGGAUUGCGGACACAGAGCUUCCAUCCGUGCAUUCUCGGCUUCUUCAAGACAGGGGCUGAGGCGGCCUCUUUGAUGGAAACAGAUAAUCCCAAUGUCAUCCCCUACCAGGUGGAGGCUACGACGAUUGUGCUUCUAGAUCCCAAGUCGGGAACUAAGCUGCCUGAGUGCACGCAGCCAUUCCAGUCCACCCUUAUUGAGUUUGGGAAGCUGCUUGAGAAGAUGACGCUUGCAUCUUUGCCAACACCAAGCCUGCACCUCCACAAGGCAUGCUUGAAAGCCACCAUUGAAGAGCCAAAAGAUGACUCAAACCAGUUCCCACCAGCAGAGCUGAGCCGAUUCUCCGUGUACAUUGAUUUGGCCAAGUUGAAGCACACCACUUGCCACUUCAAGCUUGAGUACGACCCUGAAGCCAACAAGUUCAAAGGCAUGCUUCCAUGGGACAAGACGCGCAUCAAGAGCAUCAAGAGCAUCAAGAGGAAACGCAUGAAGCAGCUGAUGGAUGCCAUGGAUGCCAGUGGCAUUUUCUUUGGCAGCGAUGAUGCGAGGCUAGAGGACCGAUACCCGGAAUCCGCGAUCGAGACGACGUUCCACAUUUACUGCCGUUUGACAGCAGAACGGAAUGAUGGCUCAAUGCCCGAUGCUUUGGCCCAGCACUUCAUGGAGAGGUGGAAUACGCGGGCAAGCAAAGAACUGGCGGCGGCUUCUUUGAAAGUGAAGUUUCGCCCGAACUUCCCAGAUCCAGUACUGGCAGUUCCGAUCCAUGGCCCACAAGAUUUGCUGUCCUCCUGGCUAGGCCGAGAGCAGAGCUGGGCUGCAACCAGGCCCCCACCGGUGCCACAGCCAGGAGCAGCUCCGGAAGCAUCUCCCGCCAAGAACAGCCCUGGAAGCUCGCAGGACAAGCGCAAUGUCGCCUUCAAAGAUCGAGUGCAGAGUUUGGAGGCCGUGGUUCAGAGCUCCUAUCAGACUGUGGACGCUACACUGACCGAGCUUAGCAACACGAUCAAAACUGGGCAUGAGAAGACGGAACAGAAAUUCCAAAGUGAUGUUGCGGCGGUCGAGGCGACGCUCGAACUGAAGCACACAGAGCGCGAGGAUGAGCUGACCGCUGCUUAUCAUAGAGAGCUGGCGCAGAAGCUGCUAGAGAAAGACAAGCAGAUCGCAUCCCAGGUGGCAAUCAUUGCAGAGAAGGACACAGCCCUGAAGUCCUUUAAGACUGCGAAUGAUGAUUUUGCCAAAGCCGACAAAAGAUCUGCAGAAGAUCAAAGAGCUUGA